AUGACGGAGAUUGGAAUCCAUGAAGACAAUGUCCCAAUUGUAGCCUAUAGCCUGCACAUUGAGGUGGGAGUUGGAUUCCCCUGUUUGGACCCCGAAGAAGCAAAGAUGGCAGCAACCAUGGCUAUGAAGGGACCUGUAGCUGUUGAAGAUGUUAAUGUCACGUUUGAGGACCAGCAGAAGAUCAAUAAAUUUGCGAGGAACACGAGUCGAAUGACGGAGUUAAAAAAUGAAAUAGAGGCAAAGAAAAAAUCCCUGCAGAACUUACAGGACGCCAGUGACGACCUGAUGAUGUUCGACGACGACGCUCUAUUGAUCCCUUAUCAGAUCGGUGACGUCUUCAUCAGCCACACCCAGGAAGAAACACAGGAAAUGCUGGAGGCUGCAAAGGAAAAACUGGAGCAGGAAGUGAAAGGGCUGGAGGAGCGAGUGUCAGCGAUACUGCAGGUUUUGGGUGAUCUGAAGGUCCAGCUCUACGCCAAGUUUGGUAACAACAUUAACCUGGAGGCAGACGAGAGCUGAGCAGUGGACAUGGACAUUGACAGCUGACCCAACAUGGACUUUUCUUUUUCUUCUUUUUUUUUUUUUUCUUCCACGCAGCCCUCUCUUAUAUCCGAUCCACACGACGUUUGCCAAAUCAAACAUCCAGCAUAGUAACACGAGCUUAGGUUUGUAGCUUGUGGCUUAUCUUCGUUUACACAGAUGAUGUAUGUGUCUUCACUUUUUUUUAAAGUUUUUUUUUUUUUGGCCGAACAGAUGCACGUGAAUAACAACGGUAAAUAAAUGCACAUCAUUUCUAACGUA